AUGGACCUCAAAAGAAAUUUAGUAGGCCUAAAUGAUCUCCCAGAUAGCUUGUUGAUCUAUAUUCUAAGCAAAGUUCCCUUGAAGCAAGCAGUGCGUUGUUCACUCCUCUGCAAAAGAUGGAAAUUCAUCUGGACUUCCUUACCCAUCCUUAAAAUUUCAUCAAGGGAUUUCUUGUCUUCAUCAUACAGCUGCAUUAUUGAUGAUAUAUUUGAGCGUCAUUCAGGUAACCUUGAAGUUUUUGAGUUUAGCAACAAUAUCUCCUUUGAGAUCAGAGACAAGCUUUCUAAGUGGAUUCACCAAGCUGCUUUGAAAGAUAACCUUGAAGAUAAAUUCAGACAGUCUUCUUUCUCUAAAUCUCUGCUCUCCGAUAGAAGCAUUAACAGUGAGUUGCCCACGCUUGAUGAGACUUUCAAUAAUGAAAGAUUUUCGUCGGAGGACCGCGAUGGAAUUCUACUUGCCGGCAACACGCGCUAUACUGCAUUGGGUGUAAUGCAGCAGUUGUCUAAUGCCGUAUUUCCAGAUUUUUCUGCAUCAUCUUCACUGAAAAAUCUAAAGCGGGUUCAUCUGAACAUGACACGUUUUUAUGAUGCUACACGCCUACUUGCCUAUCUACUUCCACGCUCUCCUGCUCUCAAAAGUAUAUCAGUUUCCCGGAAGAAAGGAUUUGAUGGCACUAGGGCUCUGCGAUUUAUCAACAGGGUGCUGAAUCUUCAGCAACAAUUUCCAGGAACCAAAAUUCUCUUAUCACGGGAUACAGUGAAGGAAGGGAGAUGCCUCAACUGCGAUCUUGAAGAUUUUGAUUGA